CCUCGCAGAGGACCAAUCCGUAACAGUUUGUGAGAUCUCCUAACUUCCUGUGGAUUUGUGGAGCCGUCUAGCAGCUACCAGGAUCAUGGAUAUGACAGACAGAGGUGGCAGAAAGAAAAGAAAGGAGAAAACGCUGGAGAAAAGACACUGCUGAAGCCUGAAAGGGAUUCUGGCUCGUCUGCUAAAGAGGCAUUCUAUCAUUUUCCUCCCCCUUUGGCUCCUCUCAUUUUCUGACCAGCGGGGAACCUGAAGGAUACAGACGUAGCUAAAGACAGUGGGUUUAUGCACAUAUGCACACACACACCCACACCCACACCCACUCAAAUGGCUUGGCAGCUUGUCUCUGGGCUCCUGCACCUCUCUUCUUCUGUCACCCUUUCCCCCACAUUUUCCUUUUUAAUUCCUUUUUUGGUAACUUGUCUUCACUUUCUUGACCACUUGUAAAAGUGCUCCGCGUGACACCCACUAAAAGGAGAAGUGAGAAAAGGGUGAAGAAAGUGAGGAGGUAAAAAGAGAUUUUUAGAGUUGCACACAUGCACUCGCUGUCACGUUGUGAAUUCCAGCAGGGGAGGGUGCAGACAUCCAAAGCUGCCAAACACACACACACACACACACACACAGGCAGAUACAGAAUCACACACAAGUCCCAAACACUCACAGUCACAACACAGACAAGGACCUGGUCUAAAUAUUAACCACCACAGGUGCUGAGAGCAAAGAAACACAGGGAGUAGAGAGACAGACACUUGCUAAGACGCAGCUGGGGGUCGAUGGAGUGGCAUGAGUCUAAGGUGGAUGGCAGCAUAGAGCGAAGGCACUAGGCUGUCAACAUGGCCUUCCCCAUGGGGCGACCUUCUCCACUCUUGCUCCUUCAUUUCCUCCUCCUCCUCUGGUCCUCCAAGCCACUGCAGGCCCGGCCGCUGCUGCUCCACCCGUCCAUUAAUGUGGCGGUGGUUUUCAGUGGCUCCAGCUACCAGAAUGAAGUGAGGGGUCGACUCAGCGGGGAAAACUUUGUCGAUCUGCCUGUGGUGGUCAGCCCUGUGACUGUGCUGGUCAAUGACACCAACCCACGUGACCUGCUGACCCGCCUGUGUGAUACGAUGUCAACGGAGAGGCUGCACGGUGUUGUGUUUGAGGACGAUGUGGGCUCAGGAGCAGGAGUUCAGGUGGCAGAAGUGGCACAAAUCCUGGACUUCCUUUCCACCCAGACAGCGCUGCCAAUCGUGGGCAUCAGUGGUGGCUCUGCAGUUGUCAUUCCCUACAAGGCAGAGGGAUCCUCCUUCCUACAGAUGGGAGCAUCUCUGGAACAACAGAUUCUCUGCAUGUUUAAGCUCAUGGAGGAAUAUGAUUGGGGAGAGUUUGUGGUGAUCACCAGCUUUCUGCCAGGAUACGACACCUUCGUAGACAUUGUGCAGUCUUACACAGAUACAUCCUACUUUCUGUGGAACCUGCAGGACAUUCUGACUCUGGAAAUGUCAGUCGGAGCCAAUGACGCCAGAACCAAACGCAUGCUGCAGCAGGUGGACGCUCAGGUCCUCCUGGCUUACUGCUCCCACGAGGAGGCACAGUACUUGUUUACACAGGCAGCACAGGUGGGCCUGUUGGGGCCAGGCUACAUCUGGAUCCUCCCUAGUCUGGCCGUCGGCAACCCUGACAGUCCUCCGCCUGUCAGCUUCCCUGUUGGUGUAAUUGGAGUGAUCACUGAGCAGUGGAGGAAAAGCUUGCGUCAGAGGGUGAGAGAGGGUGUUGCUAUUGUAGCCAAAGGGGCUGAAAGCUUCCGGAAACAGCAUGGAUUUAUCCCUGAGGGCCACGGAGACUGUAACAGACCGGCUAAACAUUCAGACAACAACACUUUGUUCAGGCACAUGCUGAAUGUGACGUGGGAGCGCAGGGAUCUGUCCUUUAACAACCAAGGCUUCCUCACAAACCCGUCCAUGAUCAUAAUCGCUUUGGACAGAGAGAGACUCUGGGACAAGGUUGGUACUUAUGCUCGGGGGAUCCUCCAGGUUCGAUACCCCGUCUGGCCUCGGUACGGCAGCUUCUUGGAGCAUGUUAUUGAUGACCGUCACCUCACUGUGGCAACACUGGAGGAGCACCCUUUUGUCAUUGUUGAGAACGUGGACCCGGGGACCGGCACAUGUGUCCGCAAUACUGUCCCCUGCAGGCGUCAGUACAAUCAAACUGAGAGUUUGGUUGGUCAGUCAGAGUCCUACACCAAACUCUGCUGCAAGGGCUUCUGCAUAGACAUUCUGAAGAAGCUGUCCCGCACCAUCAAGUUUUCUUAUGACCUCUACCUGGUCACCAACGGAAAACAUGGCAAACUGGUCCGUGGGAUUUGGAACGGCAUGAUUGGCGAGGUGGUGUAUCGCCGAGCCGACAUGGCCAUCGGCUCACUUACUAUCAACGAGGAGCGUUCAGAAAUCAUCGACUUCUCUGUGCCGUUUGUUGAGACAGGAAUCAGCGUCAUGGUAGCCCGCAGCAACGGGACGGUUUCUCCUUCUGCCUUUCUUGAGCCCUACAGCCCUGCAGUGUGGGUCAUGAUGUUUGUGAUGUGUCUGACUGUCGUGGCCGUGACAGUUUUCGUGUUCGAAUACUUCAGUCCGGUUGGUUACAAAGGCAGUUUGGUGAGCGCUAAGGCUCCUGGCGGUCCAACAUUCACCAUAGGGAAAUCAGUUUGGCUCCUGUGGGGCAUAGUCUUUAACAACUCAGUCCCCAUUGAAAACCCCAAAGGAACCACCAGUAAAAUCAUGGUCCUGGUCUGGGCCUUUUUUGCAGUCAUUUUCUUGGCUUCCUACACUGCCAACCUGGCUGCCUUCAUGAUCCAGGAGCAGUAUAUCGACACGGUGUCCGGGUUGUCUGACAAGAAGUUUCAGAAACCACAUGAGCACUAUCCACCUUUCCGCUUUGGGACAGUCCCCAAUGGAAGCACCGAAAGGAAUAUUCGCAGCAACUAUCCUGACAUGCACACACACAUGACCAAGUACAACCAGAAGGGAGUGGAGGAAGCCUUAGAAAGCUUAAAAAAUGGGAAGCUGGAUGCCUUCAUUUAUGAUGCAGCCGUUCUGAACUACAUGGCUGGUAAAGAUGAGGGCUGUAAGUUGGUGACCAUUGGCAGUGGGAAGGUGUUCGCCACCACAGGAUAUGGGAUUGCUUUGCAGAAGGAUUCCCGCUGGAAAAGGCUAAUAGACCUGGCCCUGCUGCAGUUCCUCGGAGAUGGAGACACCCAGCGCUUGGAGACAGUCUGGUUAUCAGGUAUUUGCCAGAACGAAAAAAAUGAGGUGAUGAGCAGCAAGCUGGACAUUGACAACAUGGCAGGCGUCUUCUACAUGCUGCUGGUGGCCAUGGGCCUCAGCCUCCUGGUCUUUGCCUGGGAACACCUGCUCUACUGGAAACUACGACACUCUCUCAACAAGUCCAACAAACUGGACUGUCUGUUGGGCAUCAGCAGGGGUAUUUAUAGUUGUUUCAAUGGAGUGGAGGAGACUGGCCAUUCAUCUGGUUUAGGCAAACCUGACCUAACCUCCAGUUAUGCUCAGCAUGCCAACAUGCUGAAGAUGCUGCGGACCGCCAAAGACCUGGUCUCCACUGCCAAUGUUGAGUGUUCCCUGGACAACGCCACCAAGACUAUAGAGCAUCUUAGUCGCCAUGGCGCAACCAUACCUGUACGUGUACCACAGGUUGCCACUGAAGCUGUACCUGGAGGGUUUGCUUACAUCACUGAGAACCACUCCUCCCUCCCACUGCGCUCCCUUACCCCACCUCUCACCACCGUGUCCUCUCUGAAACAGCAAAGGAGCGUGGCUAGGCCCACACCUCUGCGUUACACACUUCCUGCCCGCUCCACUUCCUGUCUCUAUGACCGGCCCCUUCCCAUAUCAAGCCUCAGCAGUCCACACCUGGCUGUUGGUGAUCCCCUCCCUCAUCAGCACCCCCAUCACUACCAAACCACGGGAAGAAUUUAUGUCGACGCUCAUCCUCACUCUCCCUUCAUUCCCUAUGCGGAUCUCCAACUUCCUGACAUCUACACCUCUCACCCAGUAUCACUGCCACAGAGCCAAGUUGGUUUCUACCAACAGAACAGAAGGUCCAGGAGCUUCCAUUGUGAAGAUGGGAUUUUGGAGAGAAGAAAUCAGGGGAACCAGGAAAAGAGAGACAAAAGUCCUGCAUGUAUGAACACGCUGAAGGCCAACCACCUUCAGAGCAAUCACAUCUCUGCCGUCAGCGCCGACACCAUAUUUACCGGGGAGGUUAUUGCUUCACCUCGGGUGGAAAACUACAGCUCCUGGCCACCAGAAGACCUAGUGCUGAGAGGGAGACGCAGGCGGCGGCGCCCCUCUUUUCUUAAAGCCACUUGGGGCAGUGAGCAGACUCGGCAUGUUGAUGAAUCCCAGUCAUCCCUGUCCAGUCAGUCUCCGUCAGCUUUGCCAGACCUUUUUCCAUGUGUUGUCACACAAACGACUCCUGCCAAGGCCUACAACCCUGCUCACCUACGAAACAACCUGUGUCUCCCACGGAACCAGACCUACCUCCACCUGAGGGAGGACCAGAAGAAGCCCAGUGUACGAAAAGCCCAGAGGCUCCGCUACUCGCAUUCCACCCACCUACCCACAUAUGGAGAAGCAGUGGGACAUGGUACUGGUUUAGGGCGGGGCGUGGUACGAAGAGCCACGAGCUUGGUCAGUAGACAGUAUGCCCACUACUUGAACUCAUACCCAGGACUACCCCUCUACCAUGGACCCUUAGAACUGCAGCAGCACAGCCAGGCUUCAGGCAACCCCAGUCCAGUGUGUCAUCUGCUGGCUUGUGGAGGGGGCCGAUGUGGGGGUCAGCGAGCAAUGCUGUACCCAGACAGUGUGUAUGGAGCCUAUGGUGCCUAUCAAGCGUCACCAGUUACGUCAGACACCCAGCCCUGUCAGGUAGUGAUGGGGCAGCCUGUAGGGAGCCCCUGCAUUCUUCGUCCCUGGCGCCGGGUUUCCAGUCUGGAGUCUGAGGUCUGAGAGAGAACCAAGGGAAUCUCAGAUGGAUAUCGUGGAAGUAAACAGGGAACAUCUACCUUAAAGCAAAGGACAGUUUUCUGUGGCUUUGUGCUUGAAACAAACAAACAAAAAAAAGUUGUGAUAAUUUCACAAAAGGGUUGGAUCUAUUUAUUGUACUCUGCAGUAAAAGCAGAAGACUGUUACUAUUUUAUCCUCAUGUAAUGUGUGAACAGUUGGCAGGUUUUAAUUACAGCUCUCCAACAAUGCUUUUGUGGUAUUUGUGCUUAAAUGUGCACUGAGAUUUACAAGAGUCCACCACGUUGGCCUGUGGACUUUGCGUGUGCGUGUGUGUGUUUUGUGGACAGGUGGGCGUCUUGGUGUCGUCAGGUACUAGAACUGUUUACUGUUGGUGAGAAAUAGUGGAGGAGUGAACAAUUGUUUCUUUAGAUACAGCAGCCAAAGUCAAAGCAGCCUCUGUAGCAAGAUUUCCUGUUCCAAUAAUAUGACGAGUUCAUUCUGCGUUCAGAUGGGGAGAAGCAGCUGUUUUUCCAGGAUGAAAUCAUUAUUUGGAGACAUCUGUUUCUGAAUUUCAGGUAACGUCUUCAGACAUUUACAAUAUUUUGGAGGUAAAAGCUUCACAUCUUCAUUUGUUGACCGGCGACUUUGGGACAGCAGUCCACGUGAACACAGUUUGCUGGAGGAUGACAGUGACCGGAAGUCUUUGGGAACUUUGGGCUCCUCCUCAGUGGGUCUUCUCAUGUGAGGUUACGACAGAGCACAAAAUCACACAGGGCCUCACAACAGAUCCUUUCUGUAUUCUAAGUACUAUAAUAAUAUAGUUAUAAAGUGUUAUUUGAUGCUGGUUAGUGUCAUAUUUAUGUAUUCUACAUAUGAUAGGAGUCUAUGGUGACUUGAUUUUAUAUUUACAUUUCUGGUACACAUUUUGUAAAUCUAUGACUAAUUUACAGGAAUAUUUGUUAUAGUUGUAUAACCUCCAUCUGUUGGCCUAAAUUAAGAGUCUUAUCUCUCUCUCCUUUUCGUUGAUUCCCUUAUCAGCCCUGGUAUUCUCCCCUUUCCUUUUAACUAUUUAAUGAUUGAAUUUAAAUGAGGUCAUUGAAAGCUAUUCUAGUAUCUAUAUUACCUGGCUCCUUUACCCUGUAAUUAAUCACUUAGACCAAUUAAAGAGCCGUUUUGGAUGGACCAGCAUUUGUGUAUGUGAGUGUGUCCUCUGUGGAGACAUUUAGCUUCCAGUGUAUGUACACACACGUGGAACCUGUGUGACAUUGUGGGAAGUGUUCCCGUUCGUUUCAGAUUGUUGCAAAACCUGCUACGGAGAUGCAGCUGUCUGUCUGUGAGCCUUAGUAUCUGUCAGUGAGUACACGGUAAAUACUCUUCGUACGAGCAGCUAGAACAAUAAUCAAUAAGUUAAGGUAAUACACAUUAUACACAUUUUUAUUACCAAUUAACCGUCUUCAAAAUAGUCAGUCAAUGUGCUGUAAUCAUUACUGCGAACUGCUGUCGCUCAGAAACAAACAA